UACGUCUGCGAAGUGCUCCGAACUGAUAUAUGACAAUAUCUACUUUGGAUCACGUGCUCGGGGAGAGAGACUAAGACGGAUAACGCGUCAUCUCGCCUUCCCAAAUUUUCCCCCCUCGCAAGACCGGGUCCAAAACGUCCAUCUGGAGCCGGCAGGAGAAGAGAACGAUGUUUAACUCGGUCAACCUGGGCAACUUCUGCUCGCCGUCGCGCAAGGACAGGGGCGCUGAUUUCGGGGAGCGAGGGAGCUGCGCCUCCAACCUCUACCUGCCCAGUUGCACUUACUACAUGCCCGAGUUCUCCACGGUCUCCUCCUUCCUGCCCCAGGCCCCUUCUCGCCAGAUCUCCUACCCCUACUCCGCCCAAGUGCCCCCGGUCCGCGAGGUCUCCUACGGCCUGGAGCCCUCCGGCAAGUGGCACCACCGCAACAGCUACUCCUCCUGCUAUGCGGCGGCCGACGAGCUCAUGCACCGGGAGUGCCUGCCUCCUUCCACCGUCACCGAGAUCCUCAUGAAAAACGAAGGCUCCUACGGCGGCCACCACCACCCCAGCGCCCCGCACGCAGCCCCCGCGGGCUUCUACUCCUCCGUCAACAAGAACAGCGUCCUGCCUCAAGCCUUCGACCGCUUCUUCGACAACGCCUACUGCGGCGGCGGCGGCGACGCGCCCGCCGAGCCCCCCUGCCCGGGCAAGGGGGAGGCGAAGGGGGAGCCCGAGGUGCCCCCGGCCUCGGGACUAGGGUCCCGGGCUGAGGCGGGGGCCGAGGCCGAGGCCGAGGAGGAAAACACGAAUCCCAGCUCGUCCGGCUCGACCCACUCGGCGGCCAAGGAACCGGCCAAGGGAGCCGCCCCCAACGCCCCCCGCACCCGCAAGAAGCGCUGCCCUUAUUCGAAAUUCCAGAUCCGGGAGCUGGAGCGCGAGUUCUUCUUCAACGUGUACAUCAACAAGGAGAAGCGGCUGCAGCUGUCCCGCAUGCUGAACCUGACCGACCGGCAAGUGAAGAUCUGGUUUCAGAACCGGAGGAUGAAGGAAAAAAAACUCAGCAGAGACCGGCUGCAGUACUUCUCGGGCAACCCUCUGCUGUAA